GUCUCCCUGGCAGGGUGUGGAGGAGCACGUCACAGCAAGGGAGGGGGCUCAGAAAGCCUGCCUGCCUGCCUGCCUGUUUGCCUGCCUACCUUUUAAAACGUCACAUGCAUGUCAAUCGGUGUGCAGCUGCUUCCAGACUUCUCUGCAGGCACAUUGUCUUGGCCACAGGCUCAACAUGGAAGAAGGGAGCGGCAUCCUGAAAGAGGGCUUUCUUGUUAAAAAGGGGCAUGUUGUCCACAACUGGAAAGCAAGAUGGUUUGUUCUUUUACAAGACAGGCUACUCUAUUAUAAAGUUGUGGGAGGAAAAAAGGAGUCUUCGCCAAAGGGCAGGAUUCUUCUGGAUGGUUGCACUAUCACCUGCCCAUGCUUGGAAUACGAAAACAGGCCGUUGGUCAUAAAACUGAGGACCAAAACCAACACAGAAUAUUUCCUUGACUCUUGCUCCCGAGAAGAACGAGACUCUUGGGCUCUGGAUAUAACUGGAGCCAUUCAUGCUGGCAAUCCAGUGCAAGUCCAGCAACUUCACCUCCAGAAAAAUUCCUUCAAAUUGCCUUCAAAUAUCAGUCUGAAUCAAAUUAUAGACAAAAUGCAUGACAACAGCAAUGGAAUUAAGUUGACACCUAACACAAGACAAGGCAGCAUAUACAAAGAAAGCUUUACAGGUUCUAAGUUGGUGGACUGGCUGAUAUCCAGUAGUUUUGCAGCCUCCCGGCUAGAGGCAGUCACACUGGCCUCUAUGCUGAUAGAAGAAAAUUUCAUCAAGCCUGUGGGAGCUCAGAGUGUUGAAGCCAUGAGGAAUGGGGAUUUGGCUGAGCAGUUUUUAGAUGACUCUACUGCACUCUACCUAUUUGCUGAAAGCUAUAAGAAGAAAAUAAUCUCCAAAGAAGAGAUUCACCUCAACAUUCUUGAACUGAGCGGUACAAUCGUAAAACAAGGCUUUUUAAUAAAACAGGGUCACAAAAGAAAAAACUGGAAAGUGAGACGCUUUGUCCUGAGGGCUGAUCCUGCUUUCCUACACUAUUAUGAUCCUACAAAAGAGGAUAACAGACCUGCUGGUGGAUUUUCUCUCCGUGGCUGCCUUGUCUCAGCAUUAGAAGACAAUGGAGUCCCAACAGGAGUGAAAGGAAAUGUGCAAGGCAACCUCUUCAAAAUCAUCACAAAGAAUGACGUUCACUACUACAUUCAAGCUAGUUGCAAGGCUGAAAGGUCUCAAUGGAUCGAGGCUAUCAAACAGGUCACCUAAGAAAUGUCCUAGUGUCUACAUAUCAGAAAAUAGGAAAACUCCAUGUGUAACUUUUUGCUGUCUGAAUAUACAGAAGAUAAGUUUGAGAUCCACUAUUGACUUACUUAUUUAUUUAUUCAUUCAAGCAAGAAGUAUCCAUCUGACAAAGAUUUAUUAGGUGUGUCUCAAGAUUUGUAAAUUUUGGUAACUCAUGCCUAUUUUUGCCAGUUUCUGUAUGUGGUUCACAAGAUCACUGCAUAGUGAUUUUGGGUACCACUCUGGUACCAAGAUAAAUCCAGCAGGUGUCUUCACCUGAAUAAAACUAAAGUGGCUGAUAUAUGCAGGCUGUAAUAUGUUCAAUCAAGAAUUGUGACAUCAGAUUUGACCUGUUCAUUCUACCCUACCUGGUUUCAUUUAAACUAAGGAUAUGGAGAACCAAUUGUAGAGGAUACAACUGGUCCUCCACAUCCAUAAUUUAAACCCACCAUGGAUUCAACCAACCAUGGUUCCAAAAUAUUUGGAGAAAAAAAUUACAUAGAGCAAGCCUUCAUAUUGUGAUUUUGCUGAACACUCUGCUGAUGUGCAGGCAUACCUUGCUGAGCCUUCUGCCAUUUCACAGAUCUUCAGGCAUUCUUUGGCACUUGUUUAAGGACUGCCAUUUUAUAUAAAGCAUGCCAUUUUACUAUGGAUUUUGGAAUCAGUGAGAAGUCCUGGAUACAGUGAGAAGUCCUGGUCACAAUGGAUACUCAGUGGAUCCUGAGAAUGCACUGUAUACAGUUUCUGUUUUAUUUUUAAUAUACUGUAUAUAUGUUUGUGAACAUUCAGUUGCUUGUUUUAUUAUCUUUUCUGGUGUUGAAAUGUUGUAUAAAUUUUGUUUUUUAUACUUACAUGGACAGCAUUCUUUUGAACUAUUGUACAUAAAGCUAGCUAGUACAUUUGCUCUGGUAGCCGCUUCUUGCAAGCUUUCAACUUUCGGAUUCUUCAGCUACAAAGCAUGGGAUUUUACCCAUGCAGAAUAAACAAAACAGAAGGGUGCUGUGUGACCACACUCUUGUUUUUGGUCUGAACCAACCUAAUCUCCAAAUUCCAUGCCAUCUAGAGGAGAAAGCUGGGAUCUGUUUCAUAGGAAUUGUUUUGAGGAGGUGAAACCACAACUUGAGCUUUUUAAUCUGUUGUGACCAGCAAUGGGAAGACAAUUUUGUAAAGCAUAACAAGAGGAUAUGUGUGUGUGUGACAUCUGACAGUGAGCAAGAGUCUCUUGAAUCCAAAGAGACUCCCAACCCUUCAAAACAGACUGUGGGAAAAAGCAGAGCUGCAAUAGGGAAAGGGAAGACAUCCCAUCAGCAGAUGGACACCAUUGGCUUCUUCCUAAUCUGUGUAGUUUUUGAAGUGUGAACUACAAAUUAGAUGUCUAACAUAUAA